CCUUUUCAUCUACAAUAAGCGCAGCCAACUUCGUGAGUCUUGUUCUUUUUUCCGGUUGACUUUGACUAGCAAGAUGCCAGGUGUCACAGUGAAGGAUAUUGAUCAACAUGCCGUCACCAAGGCGGUCGCUGUUUUCCUUAAGAAGACUGGCAAAUUGAAGGUGCCCGACCAGAUGGACAUCAUCAAGACCGCCAAAUUCAAGGAACUGGCACCCUACGAUCCCGACUGGUUCUACGUGCGUUGUGCCUCCAUAAUGCGCCAUCUCUAUCAUCGCAGUCCAGCUGGCGUUGGCUCCAUCACAAAGAUCUAUGGCGGACGCAAACGUAACGGCGUGCAUCCAUCUCAUUUCUGCCGUGCCGCUGACGGCGCUGCUCGCAAGGCACUGCAGGCUCUCGAGCAUGCCCGCCUUGUUGAGAAGCACCCCGAGGGUGGCCGCAAAUUGAGCUCGAUCGGACAGCGGGAUCUGGAUCGCAUUGCCAAUCAGAUCGUCGCCAAGCAGCGAGAUGCUGGCAAACAAACUGGCCCAAUUGUUAUUUCCAAGUAAAAUUUUAUAUGUGGACAACGCGACGAGAAGUCUAUAAAAAUACAAAUCUUAUAUUUUAGACUUGUAAGAGUUUUCUUUGCAUAUGCAAAAGCUGGCGAUAAUAUAAACAUAAAUCACUGAA